GCUAGAAACAUGUCUGGCCGUGGUAAAGGUGGAAAGGGUCUUGGUAAGGGUGGCGCAAAGCGUCAUCGUAAAGUUUUGCGAGAUAACAUCCAAGGUAUAACAAAGCCAGCUAUUCGUCGCCUGGCUCGUCGAGGUGGCGUGAAACGAAUUUCUGGUUUGAUUUAUGAAGAAACUCGUGGAGUGCUGAAAGUGUUCUUGGAAAAUGUCAUCCGAGACGCAGUUACUUAUACUGAGCACGCCAAAAGGAAGACUGUAACCGCUAUGGAUGUAGUGUAUGCUUUGAAGAGACAAGGUCGUACUCUGUAUGGCUUUGGAGGUUAAGAAUUAACUCGGACGUUACUAGAAAAAUCAAAG